AUGGCAACCGCGACGACGACGACGACGUGGUGGAGCAGCAGCAACAAUGGCAGCAAUGGCAACAUCAGUACCACUGCCGCACCAAGCGAUAGGACGGACGCCGAUGCAAUGACCCUGAUCAGCAAAAUCUUGCUGAUUGGCUUGGCAGCAGCCAUAGCACUCGCACUGAUCAUCGUGGUAGGGUUUGCCAUCGCACGCUUCAUGGGUCGACGUCGGCGUCAGUUUGUUGUACCCCUUUAUGACGUGACGGCUGAGGCAACGAGCCAUCAACAGACGUCACUCCAUAACGAUGAGCAGGCCGACCGUCCCUCUUUAAAAUCCGUGGGCAGUGGUGACUCGGCCAUUUGCGUCGCCUGGGAUGCACCCACGGUUCAAAUCGUCAUGACAACCCCUCAACCCACCGAUGAACCGACUUUGGUCCCGCCCUUGCCUCGGCUUAUGCGUGUUAGCAAUAAUGCCGAUCACUCAAGCUCGACCGAGGACUCCUCCUAAACUAUAGAUUUUAAGCCCGUCAAGGCAACCGGAUGCUGCACAGGGCGGUGUCAGCAGCGACUCUUAUGCCUCGACGCGAAUGCGCCACUCGGAGAGCCCCGAAUUUGCCAGUUCGGCUGGGACCACCCCCAUGGCCUUCGCCAUCUCUUUCAUCACCUAUGGGAGGCAAGAGGAGCGCGGAUCAUGAACUGCCCAUCACCUGCAGGUGCGACGUGGUCGAGGACAAGGCCAACCCACCCAGCGAUUGCUGUGGAGUCGCACGUGUCCAGCCCAAGGCAACGUGACCUGCAACAUCAAUCAUGAGAAGCUGAAGGAGAAUCGCCCUUGAACCCGAAUCAGCAGCAGUGUGUGGCGAGGGCGCACCAUCGUAACGCGCUUGGGCGCCAGGGCCUUGAGGGUGUCAAACAACCGACGACCUGCAGCCGUGAGCGCACAGGCCGCGCGUGUUGUGAGCCAGGCGAGCCCGAGAUUGAGCGUACGGGUGCUGUUUGAGCCAGACGCUCACCUUGGCGAUAGAGAACCGUUGGGUCCAGGGUGCCGUGCACAAUCAGGACGCGCAUCUGUUGGUCCAUUUGAACCACCCGAGCCAACCUAUGGAGGUGUUCACACGGGUGCAUUGUAAAGGCGGCGCAACGCAUUAUGCGUUUGCAUCGACCACGCCAGACAGACAGUAAAUAAGUAAGAGAACUAAACGUCAUCUGCUCUCCAGGGGGCCGAGCCCCGCGGAUUGAGCCCUGACGUCAGUCGCUCCUUAAUCGAAGUGAACUUUG